AUCAAUGUGUGCUUGGAUCGAACGGAUCAUGGAGGAGGAGGACUGGGAAAGCGAGAUCGUUCCUGGCCAGCCAGGUUACGUGCCGCGUGCUGCGCCCAUCUUCAAAUCAACGACUGGAAUGAGUCGCUCCGAGCGACGACAUCACUACGCUGAACUUCUGAAGCAGCACUACCUGUCGAAAAUGCUCCAUAUCCAGAACCCACACAUUGGAAAUGCUUGCAAGGAUCGCAGCGUUGAUGCGAGCGUGUCUGGGCAGGGAACCGGUGAGUCUCCUCUCAUUGGUGGCGUUCGCACCCGCGAACCCAGGAGAUCGCGCAACCGAGUGACAGCAGCCUGCACUCCGCGGCAGAGCCUGCACCAGGACAGGACGCCACCAGCACACCAGGUGGCGCCCACCCCGGAGGGACGUCAAGUUACUUACAACUCCUCGCUGAACUGUUUGUUGGUGGUCGAAGACGAUGGUACCGUUUCGUACAGCUCUGCUAGAGGCCCCGGUCAAGGUGUGCUGCGGCUGCAAAAUGCCGACCGGGCCGUUUAGUUUUAGCUACAUUUAUGCUGUAAAUAGAAGUGCUUUUGUUUUAUUUGUAUUGUUUACUGACUGGGUGACUAGAAGUACUUGAAAACGUUAUAUGGAAGUUUCACACUGUCCAGAAAGAACGAGAUCAUGUGUCAAGUAUAUAUUUAGAGGGAAUAUAGGUAUUGUUAUGAAGUGCGUGGGUCAGUUAGGGACUAAAUGAGUAUUCCUAAGCCGUCGUUUCUGCGUGUUUGAAGGCAUUCUAUAAUAUGGUCCCAAGGUUUCCCCGCUGCUCUGGAAGAACCAGAGGUGCCAGCAAAUUCCAUGUUUGCUGGCAGUGGGCGCCAUGUUAUGAAUCACGUUAUGCACAGGUUAACGGUGUCGAUUAAACGUAUGGGUUAGAUAAUCUUCCCCGAACCUUACUUAUGCAAGUGUUCCAGAGCUUUACAGGCGUAUAAUAAGAACUGCGUGGAAAGUUUGCUGGACGUCAUGAAAGAACUCAAAGGACCAGAAAAUUUAGGCUUUGAGAAAAUUGCGAGCGCCUUCGGUGUGACGAGUGCACCAAGCGUAGAGAUCGAGUGUCAUUUAUUUACAGAGCUUGCGUUCGAAAGCGUCAUGCGUCCGUUAUCGGCCAUGUUUCCCAAUGUCCGGAAAGAACACUGUCGUAAUUAUUUAACAUGCGCCCAAUUUUCAGAAUGUGUAGAGUUCAGUGUGCGGCGAAACCUGAACGACUCUGGCCUGAUUAGAGCCAUGGCAAAUAACUUCAAGCCCUCGUUUUUGCUCACAUUCAUGCGUUUUUAGAGUUAUGUUGAUUGUUCCGUUGUCUUCGGAGACCUAAAUGAGGAAUCUCGUUUAUACUUGGUCGAGAAUGAGGGGCACGUUAUGGCUGAUGCUUGUGUAGGCAUAUCUCGAAGUGUAUUAGGUAAUUACUACCUCUGCCAUAAAUUACGUGCGCAUAUUUUACGAGCCUCUGCCAAAAAUUGCGCAUACCCCUGUGAAAAAAUGAAGUGCUCAAAAAAUUUUUAAUGCCUCAUUUUCUUUUCAGUUUGUUUCUUGGCUCUAUGCCCGGGCUCUUAUGACCUGUGCAUUCUGUGCAAGAGACGCAGGAAGCCGAACGCGAAUAUAAGCAAUAAUGUUCGCAAGUUUUUCUCGAGGAAUUGAGUGCUUGUAAGCAUAACCUAUUCAGUCACGUCCGCGUUUAAUUUCGCAUACGAAGUGACAAAUCGAAAGGCAGGUAUGUUAUUCCAGCUGAACUCGGUCGGAUACCUUGCACCAGGAAAAGGAAAAAAAAACAAGAGGAGAGUAAAAAUUUGUCGGCAGUCAAUCGCACGCGUGCGUUUUCGGCGCCAUGGUUUCGUACUCGGCCUUAUUCGCUGCCGAAUACUCGCCGCCCGUAGCGAUACGGGAAGCUUCAGAAUGCAGUUUUUUUUAUCUAGUCACCCGCGAGCUCUGGGCAAACGCACACGGCAAGUGUCGGCUUGGGCCCCACUCCUUCAUCUUAUGAUCUCGGG